AUGACAUUUGCGUGGGAUUCGGAGAACUGGAAUCGAGACAGAGAGGAGCGGCUGGAGAACCAACAAAAGUAUCAUGAGCAGAUAAACACUUUCAGCGACGAAACAGGUACCUCUUUACAAGAAUGGCUUGCUUCUCGUGCACAACAUGUCGCAUCAUAUCCAAAAUGUCCCCAAGUACUCACAGGAAAUCAACAGGAACAAGCUAUUGGAAAGACAGAGAAAGAUAAAACUUUAGGAAGUACAACACCAGAGUCAAGAUGUUAUUUGAGGGACUGGUUGCAUUCGCGAGAGCGAAAAGUUGGACCUGCGCGAGAAAUCGCCAUAAAUCUAAAAGCACCGUUCUCUCGACCGACUUUUGUUCCAGAUCCUUCAGGGCCACCAUGCAUUCCAAGACCUGUAUCUGCGGCUUGCACUCACAUUGCAUCCAAUACUGCAUCUUCUGAAGCAUCGCGCACAUUGUUAGCAGAUUCAAUGAGGACACCCGAGAAGUCGAAGACUGAACCAAUUCGAUUGACCGGCGGCCAGCUGUUUCUCGCCUUGAGCCGUUUGGUUUUGGAAGUCAACUGGGACUGGUUUCACUCCAACAGACACAGUUUCGACAUGUCAGAUAUCACUUCAGAUAUAUCUCAGCGAUGGUGGAACAUUAUCUGCAAAGUAUAUGAAGAGUACUGCAAGGCAGCUUCGCAGGGAGUCGAUGCUCUUAUGGACUUGUAUCAGCAGAGCAAGUCAGGAGACCACGUGUUGAAUAUCGAGCAGACACUUCUCAAUCCUAUGAUGCGCUUCCUGAUUGGGUAUAAAUCUGGUCAUUCUGGGGAGGAGAGGGGAAAGGCUGCGUUGGAAUCUUUGCUUUUGGAAGGAGACUUCCUCGCAUAUGUCACGGACUGGUGUCAGGACAACGGCAUGGAAUAUCCAGGAGGGACUGGAAGGACACAGGACAGGUUGAAGGAGUAUGCUGUGAGUACCUUGCCAGCUCCAGAGGGUGGGUGCUAG